CUUUGCGCAUUCUAAUCUUUGCCUCGAUCGAGAAUCAAUCGGUGACAUCAAAAACACGUCGUUUCCUUGGUCCAGAAUAUUUCCACCUUCUUACCAGACGGAAUCCUCUCGUUGAAUCGAUCCCUUAAUUUUCCUAAUUCCUUCGUUCGGAACGUCUAAACGACAUUUCAUGAAGAUCACCUGAAAAUUCUUCGACGCAGAACUCUGCUAAUGUAUACACGGCUGAUGGUGUAGCGGACUGUAGCGGAUACUCAUUGAAGAGACUAGCCUCCUUGUUCGGGACCACGAGACCCCAAAAGCCUCGUAACAUGCGUUCGUACCACGGUUUGGCAUGCCUGGUGUUCGUUCUUUCGUUGUCGAACGUGGGUGGCAUCAGACCGGACUUCUCGGGGCUGUCGCCUGGUCCGUAUUGCUCCGCGAAGUAUCCGUCUCGUGCGUGCUGCACGGGACGCCAGGACGAAUGCAGCGCGCCGAUCCUAACAACAAUGUGCUACUGCGACGAUUUUUGCGAUCGUAACAGAGAAGGCGACUGCUGCCCGGAUUAUUGGAGCCAUUGCAAGGGGAUGGAGCCCGAACCCACGUCGCGGCCAGACGAAAUACGACGAUGCUACUAUCGAGGAAAGAAUUACAACCACGGGCAAACGUUCAAAGAGAACUGCAACGUAUGUAAAUGUUCGGCGGUGGGCAGACGAGCGGAGGUGUUAUGCGAGGUGAAUCGUUGCCUGCAAGAACCAGAUCUGAUCGAGGAAAUCAAACUGGAGAGUCCGAGACUGGGCUGGAGGGCGAGAAAUUACACGGAAUUUGCCGGUAGAACGCUAAAGGAGGGUGUACAACUUCGUCUGGGCACCCUGAAUCCGUUACGAUCGGUCCACAAGAUGAACUCCGUACGACGGAUAUACGAUCUGGAAUCGCUACCACGUGAAUUCGACGCGAGAACACGUUGGCCCCGCGAUAUAUCAGGCGUGGACGAUCAAGGAUGGUGCGGCGCGUCUUGGGCGAUCUCCAGCGCCCGUGUCGCAUCCGACAGAUUCUCGAUCAUGAGCAAAGGUGCCGACAGCGUGGAUCUGAGCGCGCAACACUUGCUGUCCUGCAACAACAGAGGCCAGCAGGGCUGCAGCGGCGGCUACUUGGAUCGAGCCUGGAUGUUUAUCAGAAAAUUCGGCUUGGUGGACGAAGAGUGCUACCCGUGGUUGGAUUCAGAGGGACAUUGCAAAAUACGGAAGAGAACCGACUUGAUAGGCGCUGGUUGUUCCCCUCCGUUGAACCCGCUUCGAAAGGGAUUGUACAAGGUCGGGCCGGCGUAUCGUUUGGGUAACGAGACCGACAUCAUGCAGGAGAUCCUAACCUCAGGUCCUGUGCAAGCCACUAUGAGGGUGUACCAGGACCUGUUCUCGUACGAGUCAGGUGUGUACAGACACUUGGAAAGCGCGGAGCUGCACGACUCUGGGUAUCAUUCGGUAAGGAUAAUCGGAUGGGGCGAAGAAUCGUCGCGGCAUUAUCCGUCGGUGAAAUACUGGCUGGUGGUGAACUCGUGGGGUCGACAAUGGGGCGAGGACGGCCUGUUUCGUAUCCAAAAGGGCACGAACGAGUGCGAGAUUGAGUCGUUCGUUUUGGGCGUGUGGGCGAAAACGGUCUAGCACUCGACUAAGUUCUCGCUUCUAGGUGUCUGGAGUGCGUCGCAAGUGUGUCAACGGUAUCGAAACUUUACGUUCACCAUAAACGGGAAAUCACGCGGACAGACAGCAGUGCAUUUAUCGAAUUUCCGUUACGUCCGUCGGCGACGAUCGGCCCUGUACACUAUAUGUCGGAACGGUCGGAAAUUUGUUUGCAGACGGUU